GCCUCGACCCAGAGGACAUCAUUGCAAGAUGCCGGGUAAUUUGGUGAGCUCAGCCCCAGGUGGCGGCGGCAAGAGCAAGAGCAAAGGAAAGUUGCAGAUGAAGGCGCCGAAUCAGGCGCCAGUACGAUCUGGUCAGGGCGUGUCAAAGGGCGCAAAGCGGAAGCAUCGCGACGAUGCAGGUGUGGACGCGGACGAGGAUGACAGCAUGGGCGAAGAUGAGGACGACGACGAGAACGAGGAAGAGGCUGACACAGACGAGGAAAUCGAAAGGGCUCAGCAGCAAGGAAAGAGCAAGAAAACUGCGAAGCGGAAGCGAAGGGCAACUUCGCCGACGACGUUCGGGGCUGCACUUCAAGGACUUCUUGGCCCUCCGCCUGCGAGUACAUCGGUAUCUGCAGGUGCAGUAGAGACAACCGGAGGGGAGCAUGACAACAAGAAACGGAAAUCCGUGACAAGACAGAACGGGCAGGACGGAAAGCAGGCACCGAACACGAUCCUGUCUUUGGCUCCUCAUGUUCGUCGCUCAGCGCAGUCGUCGGUGCUGAAUGCGAAAGCGGCUAGGUUGGCCCUCGAGGCGCGAAAGAAGCGAGAAGAUCGGGCGCAUGUCGAGGAUGUCAUUGGUGGUUGGGGUCCACCGGGGCGGUUGCCCAAGACGGAAGAAGGGGAGGAAAAGCAGCCCGAUGACGAGCCAGACGAUGCCGCCCGGAGUUGGCUCUCUCAAGGUGGCGCCCAAGGCUAUGAGAAGAGGCUGAGAAAAGUAGCUCAGCGCGGUGUGGUCAAGCUGUUCAACGCCAUUCGAGCGGCGCAGAACACAAAUGAAGCCGAUUACGAAGAUGUUACAAAGAAAAAUCAAAGCUCCGACAAUGUCCUUGGUAGCAAGGCAAAGGCAGCCCAAGCACACAGUAAGAGCAGCUUUCUUGAUGCCAUAAGGUCUUCGAAGACCUGAGGUCGGACUCAUAACCCGUACCAUCCGUUCUACUACACUACUUCUGUACUACCAGCACAAAUACAAGCCAUUCUAACAUUUGCU